AUGGGAAUUGGAAAAAUGCUACGUAAGGUAGAUUCUUUCGGGGAGAAGAUUGUUGAUGAUUCAGAUAAUUCCAUUUCCUCAUCACAACGUUCAAAACCAUCGGGCGAAAAUAAAAUUCCCAAUUUAAAUGAAAGCGAUAAAUUUUCUGAAAUAGACCUACUUUCUUCCCUCUCCUAUACAUCGUUCAACGCCUCAUCUACGUAUUCACCCUCAUCCUCAAAUAAUUCAUUCAUUGAGGCUUAUAUCAAUGACCAAAAAGUCCAUAUUGCUGACAGGAUGAAGCUAUGGUACUCUACUAUACCAACAAAUGUAAUCAAUCUAUACGAUUUAAUGGGCAAUAGAGAAUCCAUAUUCGUCAUACACGGGGAAUCACUGUUGCUUCAUACUAUAUUAAGGGCUUACAAAAUCGGAUUCGAUUUCACAGAAUUGAUUUCUGGACAGCAAACAUUACAACUAUUCUAUCUGCUGGAACGACUAAUAUCAGAUCUUGUUGAAAGCGGAGGUAAAUUUCACAUUGUGUUUUUUGGAGUGUAUAAAGACUUUUUUGCUGAUUGUAAGGAAGUUAUAUUCAUGUCCAGUUUCCCAUUAUUACGUGAACUAUUUCUUUUGCAUUGCAAAAGAAAUCUUGCUAUUCCAAUAUACGAGUUUGACAAUUGGUUUGAUGAUAUGCGCUGGUUUAAUUAUCUAACUGUUAGUGAGCCCUCUUGUAUAUUGCUCGAGGAUGGGUCAUCAUUCCUAUACAAGUAUAACCGGAUAUACAAAUUUACCAGUUCCACCAAUAGUAAUGUUAAUAAAUCAAAAAAUACUCUCAUCGAUAUUACUGAGGAAUAUUUGGAGUGGCUGGAAAUAUCAAAGGCAAUUGACAAGUUCUGCUUUACAACACAUUCAUUAAUCUAUAUUUGUAUCAUUAAAAACUUAUAUGUGGCAUAUAUGUUUGAUAUGAGAAGGGAGUCUUCCGGGUUCCAGAUCCAUAACGUCAACUUCUCACGCACCAUUUUAUCGCACGAUAUUUCAUUGAAUGUUUACAAGUACCUGGCGGAUUACUUUAACAUAGUUGACGAAGGAGGUGAUGUUGGGGCUGCUAGUCUUAUAUUGGCAAAGAUUGAAGAGGGAUAUACCCUUAGGGACGCUUUGGCAGGCUAUUGCUAUAACCAAUUCAUUGAAGCCAAUGCUGAUAACGAUGCGGAAUCGUUGCAAAUUAAUCAAGCACUAUCCCAGCUCCUGCUAAAAUGUACAAUUCUGCACAAUUACAUAAUUGAAAAUUUGUCACUGGCGCAACGUGUGGAAUUUACCAAUAAAUUCGUGCCAAAUGAUCGUAUGAUGGAGUGGGAAUUUUACAAUAUUUACGUGUGUGGUUACCUAGAUUUUUCUUUUGAAUCCAUAAAAUCGGUUAUAAUCCAAUUUAACACCAUAAAUGAUCCAUAUUUGUUGUGCACAAUUAAGAAAGUAUCGUCCCAACUGGUCGAUCUAUUUGACGGAAAAGUAAUGCAGCGUAUUAUUUACGAUAUUGGACUACAAUUUAAUUCCAAUAAAGAAAUUACUUCUGACACCUUUUCCAACACGUUUGGUGAUUUGUACAAAUUUAGAAGCGAAGAUAUCAACAACAUUACCAGUAUAUAUGAAGGGUUAAGUGGGGAUAAAACAGGAUUCUUUCCCAUACAAAAAUCAAACCUGGAAAAUAUACUAAAUGUGGACACUUUUUCCAUACAUAAUUGUGGCAAAAAUGACACCAUACCCGAGGAAAACGCUAAAUUCACACUUUUAUACAACAAACUGCUACUUGAUGAGUUCAACUCUGAAUGGAUAAAUUACGCCGAAUACAAUAAAACAGCAGCACUAGUGUCCAAUAAAUUAUUUAGUGAAUUGGGCUAUAGGGAUCCGAACGACGUUAUUCAGAAGAAGGAUGUAAUCGAUAUAUAUCUCGAAAAUCAGAUUAAGCACAAAGAGGCGGAACCCACAAAACACCUUUCUGAUCUAGAAUUAAAACGUCAGCAGAGGAUUGAGCAGAGGAAUAUGCAGCGUUACAAGCAAUUAUCCUUUCUUCUAAGCAAAUAUUUAGGAUCAAAUAACUUGCACCAUCCCAUAGUAGUACAGGCAGAUCAUGUGUGGAUUGAGCUUAAAAAAUCGCUAAUACAAUCACUAAACGAUGACAAUAGCAUUAAUUCUGUUAGAAGUGAUAGGAGCAAAGGCAAUAAGGGCAAGACUGGCGAUAAGGGGGAAUCUGGAGAUAGGGGAAAUAAAAGAGGGUCUAAACAUGAGCCGCACGUAUCAAAAGCGGAGCUUCUCAAACAAAAAAAUAUACAAUCGCAAACAAAAAAAAAGUAUGAAGUUGACAAACAUACCCUAACUCCUUACGAAAUGAAACUAAAUCAAAUAUCUAACGAUUUGGAUUACGGCAAUAUAUAUAACCAGAUCCUAGAAUUUACUCUGGGGCCCUCUGGGAUAGGGGAUAUGAUCAGCGAUUUUAAAUGGGUAAAAUCCACAUUCUCAACCAAAGAAUAUCAGCUUAACUUUUUGCUGAUACUUAUGAGAAAUGUGCAUAACGCUUUGGAGGCGUUUAGGCUUAGACUUGCCAAGACUGAGAAGGAGUUAAGGGACGUGAGGAAAUGUAUUUGUUUGCUAUUUUGCCUAGUUAAAGAUAUAUUCAACACAUACAAACCACUAGUGGAUAGGGAUAUGAUUAUGCAAUUUCAAAAGAUAUUAAUCUCUAUAGGCUGUCCCCUCAGCGCCAAAAACAUGUUUAAUGAAUGGCGCAAUCAUGUAAUGCAAAGUUCUGAAUCAUCAGACGUUACGUAUAAUACCAAGGGGAGUGGUUCAAAAAAAUUAGGUUCAAGUGAAAACUAUGAUAGUUUCAGAAUUGACCCCUCCAAAAUAGAUGUAUUGGAUGCUUCUAUGCCGCAGGAGAGGGAAUAUGACAUACAAUUAGAAUAUAUGGGCGAUAUAAUGGAAAGGACCCUGGGUUCUACAGAGGAUAAAAGGGUACUAUUUAAACCGGAUGGUUGGCAAAAAUUGUUACUUGAUGUUAUAGAUGCCAGAUCAAGCGCUUUGGUUUGCGCUCCCACUGCCGCAGGUAAAACCUACAUUUGUUACUACGCAAUGGAACAGGUGUUGAGAAUGGAUGAUUUGGGAGUUGUAAUAUACGUAUCUCCUAACACAGCGUUGGCCUUUCAAGUAACAUACGAAAUUACUGCGAGAUUUUCCUCCAAGAUUUAUCGCUCAUCGGAUAUUUCAAUCACCCCAGUCCUAAAUGCCAGCUUUUUAGAGAAGUUCCACGAUCCCAAAUGGAAGUGCGCACAAAUACUCGUUACGGUGCCACAAAUAUUGGAAAUGUUAUUGCUUUCGCUGAGGAAUAGCGAGAGAGAGUACGUAAGGAGAAUUGAAUAUAUAAUUUUUGACGAGAUCCAUUGCAUAACCCAUUCCGAUAUUGGCCAAUAUCUUGAACGCUGUAUCCACUUAAGUUCCAGUCCAUUUCUGGCUCUUUCUGCCACCAUUGGAAACCCGUCUGAAUUCCAUUCAUGGCUAAACGAGGUGAACAAAAGCCGCAAUCUGAUUAAUGGCAAUAAUGGUGUUCAUUUGGCAACUUUUGAUGAAAGAUAUUCCGAUCUAAAAUUGGCAAUAUACACUAUUUAUAAGGGUAUAGAACUUUUAAAUCCUGUAACAUGUUUAUCACACGCUAGAUUGGCUGAAAAUGGAUUUCCCAUCGGGUUCAACAUUUGCGCUGGAGACUGCUAUGCCUUUGUCACAACUCUAUUCCACUUUGCCUCAAAAGCGGCUAUUGAGGAACUGGAAUAUUUGCGUCCAAUUAACUACUUUAGUGGAUCUAUUGCUAUUACUAAGCGUCAGUACAGAUAUUAUUGGAGUGCUUGUAAGAGUGAAAUUGAGAGGCAAAUAUACAACGGCAACAUUACUCGAGAGUGCAUUGAUAGGGUAUAUUUGAGUUUAAAAUGCGCAAAACCUAUCAAUUAUAGUAUGAAACUAUUUCCAGAAUAUCCGAUUUUGGAUAUAAAUGAUCCUAGUGGUGGGGAAAAAAACGAAUACUGCUUUGACGCUAAUACUAUAAUCGAGGAGGAGCGCCUCGAUGACUGUUUUGACGCAAAAAACUUCAUAAAACUACUCAAAGAUCUUGACAAAUUCUCUGGAAUGCCUUGUCUAGCAUUUGUAUUGGACCGAGUGCAUAUGGAACAGCUGAUGAUUUCACUCGUUCGCAUGCUUGAACAGAAACAGCACGAUAAAUACUAUGGCACAGAAGAAGCAACGUUAGCCACAAAGAUUGAGAACAAGCGUAGAAUGGAUAAAUAUAAUGCACUAGUUAGACAACAUGAGAUGGAUAGCAAACUUAAAACUCUAUCUAGGGAGCAAAGGGAGGAACAGGGGAUUGAUGCAAGCGGCUUGGCAGAUGAACCUCUCCCUCCUCCCCCAAUAGACAUAGCCAAGGAAUACGACCCAGAAUUUAACUUUAGCAACCGAAGAAUUUAUACCUCUUACACUGAUGAGGUGGAAAACUUUAUCAGCAUGGCCAAAUACUCCAUGAAGGGCAGGUUUGGUGCGGAAGAGUAUAUAGAAGGGCUGAGGCGCGGUAUCGGCAUUCAUCAUGAGGGUUUACCACACAAGUUUACGAUGUUUGUUGAGACGUUGUUUAGGAUGGGCUACCUGAAAAUUGUGAUUGCUAGCCGUACCCUGGCAUUUGGUGUAAAUAUGCCAUGCAGGAGUGUAAUUUUUGUGGGUGACAAUUAUGAGCUUAAUUCGCUAAUGUACCAGCAAAUGAGUGGAAGAUGUGGUCGUAGAGGAUUUGAUCUUUCUGGAAAUGUGAUUUUUUGGUCCAUACCCCAAAAGAAAAUAUUUCAAUUACUUACAGCCGCCUUGCCCAGCUUGGUCAGCACCAACCACACUUGCUCACCCACUUUAAUGCUAAGAAACUUGACGUUAUUUGAAACAUUAACAUAUAGAGAUGCCCGAGAUGAAGCUUCGGCUAGUAAUAGUAGCAGAACUAGGCAUAGCCAACAAAAGGCCAGCAAAGGGAAAAAAUGUAUUGACUUAACCAGUGCUCAAAUCAUUGAUCAAUGUAGGACCGAAACACUAGGGACGUUAUUUGUAUCUAAGCGAAUUAAGUCCAUUUAUCAAAAUCCACUAGCCUUACUUAACUAUGAAAAAUCAUUAUCCAAAGAUGCCUUGAGAAUAAACUCUCUUCUUUAUACUACGGAAAUACUUGUGAAAUUGGGCCUACUAGAUGAAAAUGGAUUUCCAAUAAAUUGCUGUGAAUAUCCAAUUUUACUACACCAAGAACAUCCUACUAAUUUGCUAAUCGCAUCAGCACUCCAAACAAUUCAACUGCACAAGCUAUUGGCAGGCGAUUGUGAAAAAAUCAUAGCUCAAAUUGCAGGCUCUAAAUUCAUCAGUACUUGCAACAUCCUAACCCCCCAAAACCUACCUUCUCUGGUAUUGUUGAAUUUCCUCUCAUCGGUUACAAGUAAGCAUAGCCUUACUGGAUCUACCGUUGUUAUGAAGAGACUGGAGGCGAUUUUGGAUGGGUUGGAACCUCCAAUUCAAGCACAUGCGGUCACCCCUGCCACUUUUCCUAUGGUGGUAAAGUUGCCUAUUAUGAAUGAAAUCAUUGACAAAUACAAUGCCAUAAUCUCAUCUGCUAUACCAAAAUAUUUGCAAUCUUGUUCAAAGAUAUAUGGCCCAUUGCAAAGCGGCGAUUAUUCGUUGCCUUUAUCAAGAAUUUCAUUUACCAAGCAUACUGAACCAGCCAAAUCUGCUUUUGGUGGAAUAUACUCCCCCUUUAUAUGCUUGAGUGGCAAAUUUGAUGAUACGAAUAUCAUUAAAGAUAACAUUGUGGAUAAAGUGUAUCUGUGUCAAAUGAUAUACAAAUUCAAACAACAAACGUCCAUGCUCACAUGUGAAAGUAUAAUCGCGAUUGAAGAAAAUGUUGUCCAAUUGUGUACUGUUAACUUUGAAAAUGAUGUUUAUCAGCUGGUAGAUUCCAAAGAAGCUUACUUGUGCAAUUCAUAUAUGAUGGACUUUUGGUUGAGUGGCCGAUUCGACAUUGUACGAGAUAGGAAUGGAUUGGGCCAAUACGCCUGGUCCUAUAUAUCUAAAUUCCUAAAGUUUAUAAAUUUUUCUAGAUACAUGUUAAAGGAGUAUACUGAGAACACUUCAGAUUUGAAAUACCAAAACAUGGGCUAUGACGUGGUGUACCAUGCCUUUGAUGAUCUUUACAAGAGGAUUGAACCAUUGUUUUCCAAGAUUUAA